AUGAUUACUAGAAAGCUCUUAUUUUUGGCGGCUAUUGUAUCUUUGUCGGGAUGUUCGGAAGAUGGUGCUCGAAGGAAACGCGUAAGAGCUGAUAGCGCAGCUGUAAGGGACCCAUCACAAGCUCUGGACGCCCCAGAACCCGAACCACACACAGUGCCAGUGCCCGCCGCCUUCCUCAGCCCUUCAGUUAAGGAAUACCUUGAACUUGGAAUGGCCAUACCCGGUAAACCAGGAACUGAUUAUCCAGUAUUGGGUGCAGUUCCGUAUACCAACUUUUACUGUGACGACCAGGCUUACCCUGGCUUCUUUGCUGAUAUGGAAACACGUUGCCAAGCUUGGCACUACUGUGACAUAGAUGGUCGGCAGGCGUCAUUCCUCUGUCCAAAUGGGACCGUUUUCUCCCAAGGUGUCGCGUCUUGCGACUGGUGGUUCAACGUGCGGUGUGCUCUUUCACCAGCCCUAUACCCGCUCAACGCGAGACUCUACAGGCGAAGGAAGAAGCAGAGAAAACCCAAGCCCCACAGGGUUAUCGACAAGAAACUGAUUGACGAAAUAUUUUUGUAA